GUAACUGAUAACAAAAUUUGCUUCAUACACGGUGAUCGGGCGAUUACCACAACUAUUCCGCUCACCGUUGACAUUUUACACUUGUGAUAAAAGCUCCGUAUCCUUCUGACGAAAAGAAACAUGGCGGACGAAGCAAUAUCAGGUUACAUGUCCCAGAAUUGAUCUUGAAAAUGAUGGCAUGCUUGCACCGAAAAGGUUCUCCGUGAUCGAUUGUCUUGCUUUCAAAUUUAUAAUCCGUUUCAAUAUUAGAAGAAAGAUGUCCAGCUACGAUUAUGGAAAGGACGAAUGUGACAUGGCUGGACAAGGCAAAUCUAAAAGGAGAGGGGAUGCGUCCGAAAGCAAGGAACGUACGUCAAGAAACCGGAAGGCAAAAUCUAGUGCUGGUGCGGAAACGCUGCCACUUCCACCCUGCAAAGUGUGUGGUGGCAAAUCAUCCGGCUUUCAUUUUGGAGUGAUCACAUGCGAAGCAUGCAAGACGUUCUUCCGUCGUGCGCUGACGCAUAAGCAGACGUACACUUGCCUUGGCAAUAACGAGUGCAAUGUCGCCGACAUACACAAGCGGCUGACGAACUGCUCCGCGUGUCGCCUGCAGAAAUGUCACUCACUUGGCAUGUCGAAAAGCAGUGUCCGCAAAGGCCGUUUCUCCAUAGAGACGAGGACGCGCACCAUCGUGGAGGCGAAGGCGGUCCUGGUGCAAGAUCCCUUCCUCACGAUCGCGCCCCGACAACCGGUACCGCCGGAAGAGCAUCCCUCGGUUUCCACAUCCAACACAAAGACGACAAUCGAUAAUGCACCCUCACCGGCACCAUCGCAUUCUAUAGCCGACAGCAUGCCACUUUCUCCGCUGCAGGCCCUGUUCGAGGAAGACGCCGCCGCAUCCAGUGUGUUGUGUGGCCACCAGGCACUUCCGCUCUCUUGUCAGCCGCUUGUUUGCAACGGAGAGUUGGAGAUGCUCAUUGAGACGAUUGUCUCCUGCCAGGAUGCCGUUUACCCUGAAAUCCGAAAGCAUCUCCAGUUCACAAAGGAAAUCCACUACAUGCAGAUGAAAACAUAUGAAGAUUUCAAAUUGAAGAAAGAAGUGUUCCGGGAACUUUUCGGCAGCAUUAAGCCAGUGUCAAUCGCCGAGUAUAAACACAUCUUCGCUGAGACGGGCUUAGACCUGGACGACCGCCUCUCGCAUUUUAACCAGAAGGGAAAGGCGAUGGAAGAGAGCAUUAAUCAGUUCGCAAACUUCACCAAAAUUAUACCAGGCUUCAGGAACAUAUGUCCCUACGAUAUUUCUCAUCUUAUGAAAGCGGCACACUUGGAAUUCUGGAUGUUUGGUAACUACAUGCUUUAUAGCAAAGAGCUGUCCCUCGCCAUCAGCUGGGACGGCAGCCACAACGCCACCAAGGAGGACAUGGCCAAGUUCUUCAACAUCGACUGGAUCGAGCCGAUGUUUGCUUACACGGACACUCUACAGAGGCUCGAGCUCUCUAUCGAGGAAAUUGCUUUACUCAGGGCCAUCGUUCUUACGUUCACUGAUAGAUGCGAAUUAAAAAACGCGGAUCAAAUUAGUGCAUUGCAAGAGAAAUACUUGGACUGCUUGCGAUAUCUGUUGUCCAAGACGUACGAAAAUCCGAACACUCGCCUCUACAAACUCAUCGAUCGUCUGCUUGCUAUUCGAGACCUCUCGCACAUUAACGUCAAGGUCAAUCAGGAGUUCCUUGAAGAAUGGGGUUUCGUUAUAGAUGACUAUCCGCUGUGGAAAGAAAUGUUAUCAUUUAAAGAUAUAUAGAGUGCAUUACGUUACGUGUACAUGUUUUGUUGAAAUGUCGAAUGCGCUAACAAAGCCCCGUUGUUGAAAACUCCACAGCUUAUCGUACUCGCGACGUCACCACCCAUUUUAUAACACAGGCAUGAGACCUCGCUAAAACAUACGAAGCAUAUAGUAUGACGACCAAAAAUGGAAAUGUGUAGAACAGUUCUGGAUUAGAAUUGACAUCCUCUGCUCACACAUUCAACUGAAUAUGAGCCUAUCUUAUGGUCUAAUUGGUAGAUCAUAGCUGCAAGUUUUGCUACCAACAGGUGUCGCUUAUAAACAAACUGAACAUGAUUUUGUGCUUUAUUUGAUAAAAUGUUCUAUUUGAGCCGCAUUCUGUGGAAAGAGGGUCGAAUGCAUGUGCGUAAAAUGUCGUCCAUAUUAGCCUGUACAGCUUGUACUAGAUUUUGGCUAAGAACAGACUUUCUGUAAACGAAAUAUAUCAUAUAAGCGAAAAGCAACACCUUAACCCCCUUUUCACAGAGCACGGCCCAUUUUACUUAAGCGUCGGACGCUUAAAUUCACUUUUGCUCAAUUCGCCAUCAUGUCGUACAUGACGUAGUUUAGUACAUACACUCAUGUCUGCAUCAAUUACAAAUGUUUACCCAUUUGAUUAAGGGAAAACACAGACGUUUUCAUUUCAAUUGUAUAUGCUUAUGUACUUGUUAUUAAGCAAAAAAGCAACUGUCGGUACUUCUACUUGAAUAUUCAAGUGCACGCAUUUUUUUCCACAAACAUGUAAACCCCACUCUGUUGUUAGUACCUGAAGUAUAAUGUACUAUAUAAUAUAAUGCAUAUGUUAUUAUGUUUGACUAUCGCUUUUUAUAAGAAUAAAACAAAUUGUUUGUUUCAACUAACAUGUUAAAGACUGGGUAUGAAGGUCAGGCUUACGUUGGAUUCGGUAUGGUGUCUUUCCAUGUACGUAGUGGAGUCAUUAAGCUUUGCUCUUGUCCGUCCAUACGUUAGUCAAUAAACUAGUGUUGUGAAUUUAU